CAGAACAAAUCGACAAAAACAUCAGAAAAAGUGACAAAAAAACUUGGACAAAAGUGACGAAAACAUCGAGAAAAACGACAAAAGUCGACCAAAACGUUUGCACGGUCGUUGGGAAGACAACACCAGGGUUAAAAAGUUGGAAACAAACCCAAAAAAGCUCUGAGUUCCUAUAUUUUUUCCGAGCUGAUCUGCCACAGCCCAUCCCCUCUCUCCCUCUCAGCCUUUUAUGCAACAAUAGAAACUUGUUUCCGGGAUCUGUGCGUCAGGCUCUGUGAUGUGAAAGACCCACCAGCACAAAAGCCAAAGCCUCUUGACUGGGAAAAAAAAAAUGGGGGAUAUAGCUGCCGUGACUGUGAUGAUGUCACGUUGCCAGAAUUGUGCUCCUAGCAAAGAGAGGAAGGCAGAAUCACUUUGGGCAGGCGUUAAAAAGCUCAUGUUGUGAUAGCUGACCUCCAUUUUCCUCCUACACUUAUGACACUGUUUCAAAUUUACAAAUAAGUGCCUAAUGCCGGGUACAACUGAAUAUGCAAAGUCUCUGUAGUUCCCACGCAUGACCUCUCGUUUCUUUCUCGCUAAUAUAUCAGCAGGUCUUUUAAUGGCCAGCUGUAUAAACAGGAAGAUGUUCUUUAUUUUGUAACCAUUUGUUGCUCAUAGAUUUGAGUUUUUCUGUGUUCCUUUUUCAGUCACAGACUUGUUGUUGAGCCACAGAUAAUAAGAUCAGUGAUAUCACGUUCACUGUCCCUAUUCUCCACCGGGAAUUAACAUGAGAAAGAUAUUUUUUUUUUUUUUUUUUUUUUGAGCGGCCUCACUCCCUCGCUGCUUCAGACUUUUCUUUUCAUCCCUCCAACUCUUAAACGAGUCGCCGCCUCACCUCAACAUGCACUUUUGUAAGAGGAGGGAUCUUGGUUCAAUUAUUCAGCCGCAGCAUGUCUGAACUUAAAGUACGAAUAAUUAAUGAAGGUUUGUGAUCUGAUAGAGACUUCUGCAUUCUCUGGUGAACAAAUAAAAAAAAAAUAUGUGCGGUAGUUAACAGCAAGUUACACAUUUUUAUUGUAUAAUCAAACUAUGCCUAACUGUCCAUUCACUUGAAAUUCCACUUAAACUGGGAUAAGUGCUGGCAACAUAGCUAUCUGGCUGUUGGACACAUCCUCCGUUAUAUUCACUGCUGGCCAAAAAACUUCCUGUAAAUACGUUAUUGUUUACAACAGAAGUUUCAUACCCAGGAUUUCUUAAGGUCAACAUUUCUUCUGGCACACUGAGCCUGAACUGCACUUUAUUCCCCCUUUAAUUUAACAGCUCCGGCAGCUUUUCUAGUUAAAUCGACUGUUCAUUAUUGAGAGCCAUUUUACGAAGGGGCUGUGAGGUGCAAUUUAAUGAAUCUCUGGCACAAAGCUCCCUUUCACUGCCGGGCGAAGAAUAGAGGCUAUUUAGACCCUGUAGGGCUUUAUGUCAAAGGCAGCCCAUAAUAGUUGUCAGGCCAGGGCAGAAAUUCCCACUGGCCUGGGAAUGCACUAGAAAUCAACUUUUGCCAUGAGCAGAUUAAGACACAAGCAAGCAGUUGGGAAGAUUCUCCAAAAAUGGUGGCAUCUGCUGGGGCACAAAGAUUUUUCCCACAAAAAAAAGAAGCCUUUCUCGCUACUUUAUAGCCUUGAUUUGAUAGUUGGGUAUGUUUCAGUGCCUAAAUGAACAGUAAUUAGAUUACAAGUUAACUUCUGUUUGAUAAUCCAGACAGGGAACUCCUAAGUAGGCAUGGUGAUUAAAUGGUGGUUAAAAAGCAAGCAGCAUUUUUGUAGGAUAUCUAACUUUAACUAAAAAAAAUGUUGGUUUAAAUGUGGUUUGUUGAAUAAUCAUGUGUAUCAAAACAGAAUAUGUUGUUGUAAGUUAAUUAGAGAGAUGAUGGUGUAACAAUUCUACCCAGCAGACUUUUUCUGCUCACCGUUACAGUAAUAUCCUCCAGUUUCAUGAAAGCGUUUUUGGUUCAGAGCACACACAAACAGUUAAACUAGAGGGGGAGAGUUCUGACAGAGGUUAUUGUCUUCAACCCAGCAGGGAAUUUCAGACAAAUCCCUCUUAGAUGCAGGUGGUCAGGCACAAGCAAAGAGUUAAGUCCUGCGGUCUCUUUGCCCCUCCUCUUUGAUGUUCUGACAUCAUUAGUCCAGCCCCCUGAAAGAUCCCCUCGCUUUCCUCAGAGCCCGUCACUUCUACUCUGGAAUGUUUACAGGAACUUCAUGAGCAGCAUCAGGACCAAGUGUUUGUCAGAGGAAAAAAGACAUGCUCUGAAGAAACUUUUGGUUCAGGGAUCACAGAGGAUGCCACAGGUGUAGCCGCUGGGCUCAACAGAGUAAUGGCUGUUCAGACUGCAAUCAUGAACCCUCAGUUCAUGAAUUUCUGCUUCCCUGGUUCUGUGAUGGAGUACGAGGUGGAGAAAAGUCUGGAUGGGAGUCUCCUCGGUGAGGCAGAAAAUGAUGAGGACUACAAAGAGACCACUCGGGACUUGCUGAGCUUCAUAGACUCGGCCUCCAGCAAUAUCAAGCUGGCUCUGGACAAGCCGGUGAAAUCCAAGAGAAAAGUCAACCACCGGAAGUAUCUACAGAAGCAGAUCAAAAGGUGCACCGGCAAUAUAACACCAGGAAAUGUAGCAGAAGUCCCAGGUAAAAGACAGGGUUCCCCCCUGGCUCAGCCCUUGCAGAGCAAAACUCUGCCUAAACGUGACGGGGUCCAGGCCAAUUUACAGAGCAAGAGCUUGGCGGCCCUCUUCAGCCCUGUGAAGGAUAUAAGGGGUGAGAAAGCCAAGAAACCACCCCUGAGGCAUCGUAAUCUGCCCCCUUCUUUCUUCACCGAGCCGGCCAACUGCUCCAAAGUGAGCUCCACAUCUGGGAUGACGCUGAAGGACUUGGAGCGGGGCAAUCCUGAAGCGGCGGAGUUCUUCGAGCUCUUGGGGCCAGAUUACAGCAAUAUGGUCAGCGACCAGGACCUUUAUCAAAGUAUGCCUGUCCGGGUGCAGCCAGAGAUGGGAGGCCCGGAUCCUGCUUCCUACGAUGCUCACCAUUUAGUUGGGGGUCUCCUCUACUCUGAGCCCUGGACUAGCUGCUCAGUACCCACUAAGAAAGUAGGGGAUAAUCUGCGAACUGGCCCAACCCAGCCCCCUGUUUACUGUCAUUCUGAGGCUGCUUCCGGGUCCAUAGAGGAUAACGCACUGUGCACUUUGGCCUUCCCCAACUUCUUCACAGACUGCUCCAUACCUCAGGUCACUUAUGAUUUAAGUGGCGGUUAUAACAGAGCUAAUUAUUCAUCUCUAUGAGAAACUGACAAUUCUGUUCUGGUAGAAGUGCUGGUAAAAGAGAUACAAUUGCUGUGACAAAUUUUUUUUCUAUCAUCCCCUCUCAACAACUCCAUGUAUCACUUUCCCCUGAGACAAACAAGGAACUUGAAAUGGUGUCUUUCGAAAAAGAAUUGUCCAAAGCUUUUUUAAGUAACUGGAUACCGUGUACUUUUCAACAUCGCCGUUUCAUUGACUACACUGUUCUCUUUAAAAUGAUUCACAUGUGCAUAUGAUUUUCUUUAUCUCAGGCAACUUCUAUUAACAUUCUGAAUGAAAAUACAUCUGAAUUUGUGUAAGCUUCAGUUUUGUCAGCAGAGUAUGUGAGUCUGUUCCUUUGGAUGUAUGUCAUUAAUCUGGGACUUUGUUAAUGAAGACAUUUCAUUCUAACAUUUUCAUUUUUUUUUUUUUAUAUCAGAGAACUGUUUGCCACAUUUGACGCAACAUGCUGCAACAAUCUCUCAGCGAGGCACUUUUUGGCUCCUGUAAGUCACUGUUCUCUGUAGAGGGAGAAACUCAUUCCGCUGAAAUGAUGAUUACAACGAUGGGUGAUGCUGUGUUUUGUUUUACAGCAUUUUACAGCUCAGAAAUGAUUUUUUUCAGCUGGCAGAUUUCCUACUUGCAUCCAUUUUGUUGGAAAAGCCUUAUAUGUAUCUAGCUAUUGUAAGAGGACAAAAUAAAGCUGGUCUUUAUUACCGUGACAACAGUGUCGGUUUUUGUGUUCAGCGCCAAUCUCGGAUGUUGAGGUGUGAUAAUCAGAAUACAAGAGGGCACAAAGCCAAAACACUGCAUGCAAUAAGGUGUACGUCUCUCAAAUGCUUUUAUGCAGUCUUGUACAGAGUUCAGCUGUGUCAAGUAAUUUGCAUGUAAUAAAAAAAAUGGCAAUAUGUAAAUGAAUAAAUAUACAUACAAUAUGGAUAGAAACUCCUGUAUGUCCUCAAGAUAAGCAAACGGUUGAGUGUUUUUACAUGUCAUUUUAAAGUUGUGUUAUUGAUGCUUCCUUGACCAUAUUUGCAGUUAUUUGUGUCUGUUGUAUUUAUUUAUUCAAAUGUUUUUACCAUCUAUCUGUAACGGUGAAGCACUUUGUAACCCCGGGUUGGAGAAGUGCUUUAUAAAUUACGUUUUACUUACUAUUAGAAUGCAAUCUGAUGCAACUGUCUUGUAAUGGGCUAUGACAUAGCUGAGUCAACACACAAAAAA